CUCCGCCUCCUUGCCCCCCUGGAUCAUCUGCUGGCCGAGGUCGCCCAGGAGGGCCUUCGCUGACGCCAGGUCCUUGGUGCGCUUGGCCAGCUGUUUCUGCUGGCGGCCGAGCUUGACCUCGAGCCGCUCGAUGUCGGCCUCGGUGGCAGCGACGUCACGGCCGGACGUGGCCUCGAACCCCUCCAAGCACUUGAUGUCGCGGCUGCGCGCGGCGAGGCGCUUCCCGAGAGGCAUAUUAUCCUGCCGCAAGGCCUUGAGGUUGCCGAACUCCGUCUUCCACAUUGCACAUUAUCCUUCUCGUCGUCCCCCAUGAGAUCGCCCGCCUGCACCGGGGCCGAGAGCCUCUUGAUCCGGGCGGCCACUUCCGCGGCGUCAUCCUGCGCCGUCGCCGGGGGGGUCUUCCGCCACAGCAGCGCCGGCCCUUGGUCCACUGGCACCACCUUGGCGGCGAGCCAGCUCGAAUUCCUUGGCGUGCUUGGCCUGCAUCUCGCGGAGUUUCUUCUCCAUGGCGGCGUGCUACCAGGGGCCGAAGUCGCCCAUGGCGCCGCUCUUGCCGCUCUUGCCAGGACCACUGCCGCGGGUGGAGGGCUCUUCGCCGCUGACAGACGCCUCGCCGAAGGCCGCGAUCUUCUUGUGGAGCUUGCAACCCACGCAGAUGAGGCUCCAUCCUCUGUUGCAGAACCUCUGGCCCUUGGCGGUGUGGCAGGACUUGCAUAACCACUGCGAGCGCUCAGUGGCUGCGCGCGGGGGCGGCCCCUCAGCACCCUGGCCUCCAGCGGUACCAAGCCAGC